GGUCAUUCCAUUCUUUUGGCGGGCUUGGUAAAAAAUCUGCAAAAUGGGCCGUCGUUCAGUAAAUACUACUAAGAGUGGGAAGUUUAUGAAUCCGACAGACCAGGCAAGAAAAGAAGCAAGAAAAAGAGAGUUGAAGAAAAACAAAAAGCAGCGCAUGGCUGUGCGACAUGCGGUAUUAAAAUCUAAAGACCCUUUACAAUUGUUAGAAGAAACGACUCUUUAUGACAAGCAAGAAUAUGAUCCCAGCGUUCAGGCGCAGCUAAAUGAAAGGGUUCUACAGGAAAAACGUCGGAAACUCUUGGAAACGUUCGAUCGUCUCGUUGUGCUAUACAGGAAAGAAGAUGCUGAAUACGCCAACCGACUCCAGGCUGCUCGUCAAGACUAUGAUAAAAGACGUCACGAAAUGAUGUUAUACUAUGAACAAGUUAAGUUAGCUGAAAGAGUGAAGGCUAGUGAAAUUCCGCUCCCGAAAUUGCCACAAUCUCAGAUGGGGCUCAUAGCUUCAGAUAUACCUUUACCUCCUGGAGGUUAUGGCAAAAGUAUUCUCAAAAAGUCCUUGGGAGCCCCAGGUCUUCCCCCAAGUGUACUUCCUGCAGGUCGUAAACCUCCAGGACCACCUCCGGGUACGCCUCCCGAAUUGUCUGAUAGUGAAGGAGAAGAUGGUGCACUGGAGGGUGCGACGAAACCGCGCAAAAUUCGAUUUGCUGAUGCGGACUCUAUGCCAGAACAAGGUGAACUGGCUAAUGAUCCAUCACAACAACCUGUCGAACGGUUUACCAGUGGAUUUCCAACAAUCACUCCGCCACUCUCACAGAUUCCUUUACCACCACCCAUGUCUCUACCAUCUUUUACUGGUCUCAUUCGUCCUGGAUUUCCUGGAACACCUCAACCUACUCCAAAUCGUUUCGCUUACCAACGCCCUGUUGGUGCUGUUUUAUCAGCCCCUCCUAGUUUACAUCUUCGUGAUCCACUUGAUAACGCCGAGCUUGUUAGUGGUCCGGCUGUAGCGAAUAAUCCUGCCACCCAACCGAAUCCAAGUGGGACUACUAUUGAGGCGAAACCUCAACUAAAGAAUUUGAUCGUGAUGCGACACGCUUCGUCCCUACAGCGCUUAAAGUACGCCGAACAGUUCGUGAUACUAGUGGUCGUUUAGUCACUACCGGAGGAGGUACAAGUGCCUUCGGAACUGCAAAACAACCUAGUGCUGUCUACGAUCGUGUCGCUAAAUCUGAUGUUGUGAGUGUUCAUUCUGGAUCAGCACCAGCAAAGACGACGCAUACGAAGAGUUUAUGCGCGAAAUGGAUGGUCUUAUUUAGGAACAUUAUCAUUAUCUAUCUGUACAGUUCUUCUCGUAUUUGAAAUGUGUCUUUCAUAUAUCGUAGUUUUCUCAGUAUCUUUUUUCUGCACAUUUGCAUCUGUUUACCGAGACAACUCAAUCACGUCUGCAAGAAAUAAUUUUAACUGCAGGUGACGUUUGUAAACUGUAGAAUACUACAUAGCUAUAGUUAUCUUUUAUUCCUUAAGGUGUCCAAAGUUUCAAAUUGGGUGAAUAUCCUUAUAUUUCUGAAAAAUGUAUGCCACCAUAUCUAUCAGAGCCUCUUUACUGAGUGACUUGGAGUAUUGUUGAUUAAUUCUAGAUCACCACUUAUAAUUGAUUGUCUACUGCCAGAUGAUAACUAUACUUAUCGAAUUGUUUUACAUGAUUAUUCUUGUUCACCCAAACUAAAAAUGAAUAAAAAAAAAUGGUCAGGAGUGAAUGCUAACGGGAAGCUAGUGCUUUGUUACCAUUACCUCUGAAAGAAUAAUAAAUCCAGUCUCACAAAG